AUGGAUACCAUGACCACCAGUUCUCCAUCUUUCACAGAAGUGGAUGUAGACGUGACGAUAGCAGCAAAAGAGUCAAGAGACAAGGACACUUCAGAAACGGCAUUACGUGGAUCAGAGAAUGUACCCAGUGGUGAUUUAGAGGCAAUUGAAAGUCAAGAACAUUACCAGCUUCAACCACCACCACCUCCACCUCCUUUAAGAUCUGUAAUCCAUUCUCAACAUAACAAUCCUAUUCCUCUUCCAUUUCCUAUUCCUGAUCAAGCUUCCCAGAUCAUUCUUCAUGGAAUUUCCCAGCUUGGUGGGUAUGGAGGUGGACAGCAGGUUGGAAGUCAUAUCCAGGAUGUAAACUAUGUCAUCGAGGAUCAAUCGCAAAUUACCAGAGGUCAUGGGGACAAUUUCAUACAACCACCUCAACCAGUGUACCCAGGUGAUGGAUCUUAUGAGCCAGGCAUUUCACCAGGUGCUGCUAAUUUUCCUGGCUUUCCCAAACUUCCUGGGUCUGAUCCCUGGCCAUUACCACAGCCAGAAAUGCCAAAUAUUGUGCAUCUUGAUGUAAAAUGUGAGAAGAACCUGAUGAAGGUAGCUAUAGACUUUGAUAAACCUUUUCAUGGUAUUAUUUUUAGCAAAGGUCACUACAACUAUGGGAAUUGUGUAUACUUGCCAGUAGGAUCUGGACGCAAAAGUGUCUUCUUUGACAUUUCUAUUAACAGCUGUGGUACUUCUGGAAAUGCACAGAAUGGCUUGUAUGGUUAUGGUGAACCUAGUGGUAGUGGCAGCUUUUUUGAAAACACCAUUAUCAUACAAUAUGACCCUCAGGUUCAAGAAGUUUGGGAUCAAGCUCGUAAGCUGCGUUGCAUAUGGCAUGACCAAUAUGAAAAAGCAGUUACCUUCCGUCCAUUCCCCGUAGAUAUGUUGGAUGUGAUCCGUGCAGACUUUGCUGGUGACAAUGUUGGAUGCUGGAUGCAGAUCCAAGUUGGGAAAGGCCCUUGGGGGGGUGAGGUUGCGGGUAUAGUUAAGAUCGGGCAAACAAUGACCAUGGUGCUAGCUAUCAAGGAUGAUGAAAACAGAUUUGAUAUGUUAGUUCGAAACUGUGUCGCUCACGAUGGAAAGAGAGCACCCAUCGAGUUAGUGGAUAGUAGAGGCUGUAUUGUCAGGCCUAAGCUCAUGAGCAGAUUUACCAAGAUCAAAAACUUUGGCUCUAGUGCCUCUGUAUUAUCUUACGCCCAUUUUCAGGCCUUUAAAUUUCCAGAUUCCAUGGAUGUACAUUUUCAGUGUACUAUUCAGAUCUGCCGAUACGAAUGUCCGGAGCAGUGUUUCUACCCGGUGGACGCUAACAUCGUCCAUGAACAAGAGCCUCCACCGGGCUAUCUGCCAGUUGGACGGCCUCGUGAGGAGCGAGACGUCAGGCUUGAUGAAAUGACGGAAGUUGGACUAAACAAGAUGAUCCGCGUGAUUUCCACUGGUGACCUGGCAUUUAAUUUACAAGAAAACGAUAUUGCACCUAUCCAUAUUACACAGGAAAAUGACGACAGUGCCAUCAUUUGUAUGUCUACGCCUGGCUUCGCUGCUUCACUUGUUGUACUGCUAGCUAUAUUAGUCAUCUCAUCCCUUAUCUCGGCUUUUCUUUGUCUCCGUCAGCGGUCACAAGAUGGUGCCUUCCCGUGCCCGAGUGACUUCACAAAAAACAAACAUUGA